UGAGACACGUGAUGUCCGCCUCGCGUUGCUCGCACCGCUCGACCCACCCGUUUGUUGAGCCCUAGCUGCGCACCGUCGAAUCGAGUGUCAUUGCAUCUUUCCGCGUGCUGCGCGCCGCUGCGAUCGUCGCGUUCGCAAGAACCUCUUGAGCAUCUCACAGCCCAAAGCGGAGCUCGUGUCCGCAGCACGGCGGUUUCACUCCCUGCGUGUCAUUUCUCGUACCGGCAGCGCGGUCUCGACCGACAGCCUCUCUCGCGUCCACCCAUCUCGAAUUCCUCGAAUGGCUACUCGCGUUUCUCCCGCCGUCGAUUCGCCAGCUUUGACCUCAGCAGCGCUAAUCUCAGCCGUCGCCGGCCAGCCGCAUCCCCCAAGUCCCUAUUCCACUGCCCUCACUCCCCUGCGCUUGCGUGCGCUUCUCUGCGGGAACGCGGGGGAGAGUUCGGGGCGCAAGCGCGGUAGCCGGGGCUCGCAACGAUGCCGCGAGACAUGGUUGGGCGGACCUUGUUGCUGGCAGGCACGAAUCACUGGCAGGCAGAUUGUUCUGGCGUUGGCAGGAGGAAGCAGCGGACACGAGGGCGAGCCGCUCCUCGGACAUGCGACGCACUGCCGGAUAACGACUUGCUACCGCCCGGUUUUGAUGCGCGCACUGAUCCCGCGAUAUGUGCGUGUGGAGGCGAUUAAUCUCCAGCCACGAUGCCGCCGCGCGCAGUUCGUCUCAAAAGCCUGCCGGAGAUCAUUCCCGCGUCCCCUAGUCUGAGCUCCGCCUCCGCCGCUCCCACCGCUUCCGCCCAUCGCAGCAGCGCGCUGAUGCCUUCCUCCUCCCCCACCCCCCUGGGCGCAGGGCGCAGGGGGAGCGAACGAAGGGGAGGGGCGGAUGGAAGGCAGAGAGACAUGAGCGGUGAGGGGGAGGGGGAUGGGGGGCAUGAGGAGGAGUUCAGGUACCUUCGCCGUGUUUCCAACCAACAGCAUGGCGCCACGUGGCUGUUCCAUGACGUCAUCGCUGCUCUGCAGUCCUCCUCUGUUUUCCAGCUGCCAGCAACCAGCAGCAACCGCAAUCCUCCGUGGGCUGUGCCUCACAGCCCCACCCAGGUACCACCUCCCCCAGGCACCGCCUGUGUGGGCGGCUGCGGCAUCAGCAACCAGGCAGCGCUAUCCGUCCUGCCGUCCGCGCUCUUCUCCGUCCUGCACUGCCUGGCCACCGGCCAGCUCCUCGCCCUCGUCACACACCACGCCUUCACCGCGCGCCACACGCUCGUGGCGGCAGCGCUGGCAGAGGGGGUAUUUGCGCUGCUGGGGGGCGUACCAGCCACAGCAGCCGCGCCCAGCGUGCUGGUAGCGGCGCUGAUGGGGGGGCUCUACCGCUUGACUGCGGCGCUCCGUCUGCCCUUCCUGCCCUGGGCGGGCUGGGUGGGGCUCUGGGCGUUUGUUUGCCUGCUGCUGGCCGCUGCUGCUAAUGCGUGCAGGCUGGCGGACCAGUGGUCUGCUGCCACGUGGCGGGUGGAAGGGGCGUUGACGAGUGGGGUGCUGUUUGUGGGCGGAGUGCAGAUGGGUGCAGAGUGUUUCAGACAGGCAGGGGCGGUGGAAGGAGGAGAGGGAGGAGAGGCAGUGGCGUUUGCUACAGUGUGUGUGGCCGGUGCAGGUGUCAUAAUUGCGCUGUGGCUUAGAAGGGCUGCCACAUGGCAUUUUUUUAGUGGCUACAUCCGUGGUUCACUUGCCCACUAUGCUCCGAUACUGGGCUUCCUCGCAUCAGCGGUGCUCCUGGCCGUGCCCCCCUUCCUCCACCUCCCCCUGCUGCUCUCCUUCCAGCUCCCCCUGCCUCUGCUGUCCCCCCCGCCCCACAUCCCCCCCAUCGCGUGGGGCUCUCACCUGGGGGGAGUGACUGUGGGGGCAGCGGUGGCUGCUGCUGUGCCCGGGGCCGUGCUGGCAGCGCUGCUGUUCCUCGCGCACAACACGGCGGCGCUCACGCAAGAGGCCUACACCUUUCUAUCUGCCUACCACCCAUCAUGCCUGUGGGACUCAACCACCCAUUCACACCAUCCUCCAUUCACUCCUCUCCCAUCUCACACCAUCUCUCCCAUCUCACGCCAUCUCUCCCAUCUCACGCCAUCUCUCCCAUCUCACGCCAUCUCUCCCAUCUCACGCCAUCUCUCCCGUCUCACGCCAUCUCUCCCCUCUCACGCCAUCUCUCCCGUCUCACGCCAUCUCUCCCGUCUCACGCCAUCUCUCCCGUCUCACGCCAUCUCUCCCAUCUCACGCCAUCUCUCCCAUCUCACGCCAUCUCUCCCAUCUCACGCCAUCUCUCCCAUCUCACGCCAUCUCUCCCAUCUCACGCCAUCUCUCCCCUCUCACGCCAUCUCUCCCGUCUCACGCCAUCUCUCCCAUCUCACGCCAGCUCUCCCAUCUCUCGCCAUCUCUCCCACCUCACGCCAUCUCUCCCAUCUCACGCCAUCUCUCCCCUCUCACGCCAUCUCUCCCGUCUCACGCCAUCUCUCCCGUCUCACGCCAUCUCUCCCAUCUCACGCCAUCGCUCCCAUCUCUCGCCAUCUCUCCCAUCUCACGCCAUCUCUCCCAUCUCACGCCAUCUCUCCCAUCUCACGCCAUCUCUCCCCUCUCACGCCAUCUCUCCCGUCUCACGCCAUCUCUCCCGUCUCACGCCAUCUCUCCCGUCUCACGCCAUCUCUCCCAUCUCACGCCAUCUUUCCCAUCUCACGCCAUCUCUCCCCUCUCACGCCAUCUCUCCCGUCUCACGCCAUCUCUCCCGUCUCACGCCAUCUCUCCCAUCUCACGCCAUCGCUCCCAUCUCUCGCCAUCUCUCCCAUCUCACGCCAUCUCUCCCAUCUCACGCCAUCUCUCCCAUCUCACGCCAUCUCUCCCCUCUCACGCCAUCUCUCCCGUCUCACGCCAUCUCUCCCGUCUCACGCCAUCUCUCCUGUCUCACGCCAUCUCUCCCAUCUCACGCCAUCUUUCCCAUCUCACGCCAUCUCUCCCAUCUCACGCCAUCUCUCCCAUCUUACGCCAGCUCUCCCAUCUCUCGCCAUCUCUCCCACCUCACGCCAUCUCUCCCAUCUCACGCCAUCUCUCCCCUCUCACGCCAUCUCUCCCGUCUCACGCCAUCUCUCCCAUCUUACGCCAGCUCUCCCAUCUCACGCCAUCUCUCCCAUCUCACGCCAUCUCUCCCAUCUUACGCCAGCUCUCCCAUCUCACGCCAGCUCUCCCAUCUCUCGCCAUCUCUCCCCUCUCACACCAUCUCUCCCGUCUCACGCCAUCUCUCCCGUCUCACGCCAUCUCUCCCAUCUCACGCCAUUGCUCCCAUCUCUCGCCAUCUCUCCCAUCUCACGCCAUCUCUCCCAUCUCACGCCAUCUCUCCCAUCUCACGCCAUCUCUCCCCUCUCACGCCAUCUCUCCCGUCUCACGCCAUCUCUCCCCUCUCACGCCAUCUCUCCCGUCUCACGCCAUCUCUCCCGUCUCACGCCAUCUCUCCCGUCUCACGCCAUCUCUCCCAUCUCACGCCAUCUCUCCCAUCUCACGCCAUCUCUCCCAUCUUACGCCAGCUCUCCCAUCUCACGCCAUCUCUCCCAUCUUACGCCAGCUCUCCCAUCUCUCGCCAUCUCUCCCACCUCACGCCAUCUCUCCCAUCUCACGCCAUCUCUCCCCUCUCACGCCAUCUCUCCCGUCUCACGCCAUCUCUCCCAUCUUACGCCAGCUCUCCCAUCUCACGCCAUCUCUCCCAUCUCACGCCAUCUCUCCCAUCUUACGCCAGCUCUCCCAUCUCACGCCAGCUCUCCCAUCUCUCGCCAUCUCUCCCCUCUCACACCAUCUCUCCCGUCUCACGCCAUCUCUCCCGUCUCACGCCAUCUCUCCCAUCUCACGCCAUUGCUCCCAUCUCUCGCCAUCUCUCCCCUCUCACACCAUCUCUCCCGUCUCACGCCAUCUCUCCCGUCUCACGCCAUCUCUCCCGUCUCACGCCAUCUCUCCUGUCUCACGCCAUCUCUCCCAUCUCACGCCAUCUUUCCCAUCUCACGCCAUCUCUCCCAUCUCACGCCAUCUCUCCCAUCUUACGCCAGCUCUCCCAUCUCUCGCCAUCUCUCCCACCUCACGCCAUCUCUCCCAUCUCACGCCAUCUCUCCCCUCUCACGCCAUCUCUCCCGUCUCACGCCAUCUCUCCCAUCUUACGCCAGCUCUCCCAUCUCACGCCAUCUCUCCCAUCUCACGCCAUCUCUCCCAUCUUACGCCAGCUCUCCCAUCUCACGCCAGCUCUCCCAUCUCUCGCCAUCUCUCCCCUCUCACACCAUCUCUCCCGUCUCACGCCAUCUCUCCCGUCUCACGCCAUCUCUCCCAUCUCACGCCAUUGCUCCCAUCUCUCGCCAUCUCUCCCAUCUCACGCCAUCUCUCCCAUCUCACGCCAUCUCUCCCAUCUCACGCCAUCUCUCCCCUCUCACGCCAUCUCUCCCGUCUCACGCCAUCUCUCCCCUCUCACGCCAUCUCUCCCGUCUCACGCCAUCUCUCCCGUCUCACGCCAUCUCUCCCGUCUCACGCCAUCUCUCCCAUCUCACGCCAUCUCUCCGAUCUCACGCCAUCUCUUCCAUGCCCGCUCCUCAAGUCAGCCAGUUGCUUUUGUGCCCACUAACCAUCCGCCGCAUCCCCCCCUCCCCUCCCCCUCGCCCCCGUUUCCCCUCCCCCUUUCCUGCACCCUCCACUUGCCCAGGCGCGGCUGCAUGCUGCUGCUGGGUGUGGGGGGCGAGUGAAGGGGGGAGGGGGCGAAGUGAGAGACACAAGGGCGAGGAAGGACGGAGGGUUGGAGGCGGGCUGGGGAGAGGAGGGUGGGAUGGGCGGAGAGGGAGAGAGAGGAGGGGGGGAGGGAGAGGGCAUGGGAGGAGACAAUGUGGAGGCAGAAGUAUGGGGAGAUGAGAUGGAAGGGGAGGGAGUGGGGUGUGAGGGAGGGUGUGGGAGAGUGAGUGUGAGGGAGUGGGACCUGUGCGUCACUGCUGCAGUGGCGGCGCUCUGCCUCUUGUUGGGACUGCCGCCUCCCAUCCGCAUUCCUUAUCUCGUUAGUAU